AUGUCCGACGAAGGGAUGGUGACGAUGGACGAGGACGAGGAGAUCGGUCAGGAGGACGCCUGGACGGUCAUCUCGGCUUUUUUCGAGGAGAAAGGUUUAGUUCGACAGCAAUUGGAUUCGUUCAACGAAUUCAUUCAACACACGAUGCAGGAAAUCGUGGACGAGAUGUCUACUUUUGAGUUAAGUCCGGAACAUCAACACGUUCCCGGGGAAGAGAUGGAUGAAAGCGAGAAGAAGACGGUGUCGGUGUCGUUUGGGCAGAUUUACUUAUCGAAACCGAUGGUGACGGAAGCGGACGGGAUGACGUCGACGUUGUUUCCGAAAGAGGCGAGGUUGCGAAACUUGACGUAUUCGGCGCCGUUGUACGUGGAUAUGCGGAAGAAAAUCACCACCGUGACUCAAAAUAGCGAAGAAGAAGGUGGAGGAGAGAAAAUUAACGAAGAAAUUGAAGACAUUAAUAAAGUGUUCAUCGGAAAAGUGCCGAUUAUGUUGCGCUCGGAGUAUUGCUCUUUACACGACCACACGGAUAAGGAGUUGACCGAGUUAGGGGAGUGUCCGUACGAUGAAGGUGGAUAUUUCAUCAUCAACGGUUCUGAGAAAGUAUUAAUCGCGCAAGAACGCAUGGCAGCGAACUCUGUGUACGUGUUUAUGAAGCGUCAACCGAGCAAGGUGUUGUAUGUCUCGGAGUGUCGCUCGCAGCCGGAAUCCGGUAUUCGAGGCGCGUCGGCGUGUGUGGUGAAACAAUUACACGGACAAGGGAAGAACUCUCCGGGUCCGUUACACGUGACGUUGCCGUAUAUUCGCUCGGAUAUCCCGAUCUUUAUCGCCUUCAGAGCGUUAGGCUUUGUGGCGGAUAAGGAUAUUUUAGAGCACAUCGUGUACGACUUUGGCGACAAUGAAA